AUGUCGCUCAAACAGGAAAUUGAAACAUGGGUGCAGGCCCUCGACGCCUAUGACAAUCAAGAGUUUGAAGAAGCACUGCGCUGCUUCGGCCAAAUUGCCGACACAUCAAAGAUAUUGUUCAAUUGCGGUGUGAUCUACGCAACGCUGGGCGAGCAUCACAAAGCAGUAGAAUGCUAUCAACGUGCUGUCAGUCUAGACCAGUAUUUGGCAAUCGCAUAUUUCCAGCAAGGUGUAUCUAACUUCUUGCUGGGAGACUUCGAAGAGGCAUUAGCCAACUUCAAUGAUACUUUGCUGUAUCUGCGAGGGAACACUUCAAUUGACUAUGAACAAUUGGGUCUUCUGUUCCGUCUAUUUUCAUGCGAAGUUUUGUUUAAUCGAGGUCUCUGCUAUAUCUACCUUCGGCAAAUGAACCCAGGCAUCCAGGACCUCGAGUAUGCUGCCAAGGAAAAGGUUACUCCGGACCACGAUGUGAUUGACGAUGCUAUCCGCGAAAAUGCAGAUGGAUAUACAGUGUUUUCAAUCCCCGUGGGAGUUCUGUAUCGACCAAAUGCAGCCAAAGUCAAGAAUCUCAAGACAAAGGAUUACCUAGGCAAGGCACGACUGGUAGCAGCAUCAGAUCGCAAUCAGUCAUCAGAUCACCAAUGGAACCCACUGAAUAUCGACAAAGACGCCUUUAAAGGCCGGGAAGGAGUUCCAUUUGCCGCAUCCCAUUUGGUACGCCAAAGUCUCACCAGCCGUGCGCGCCAACAGUCCGAACCACCCCUGAAUCGCAACGUAUUCCCGCCAACUCCACCACCAGAUGAUCGAUCUGUCAGCACAGCGUCCGCAUCGGGAAGUCAGUCAGCCCCCGGGCAUCAGCGAUCAUCAUCUCUCCGAACAUCACGGCCGCCACGGUUGGACUUGGACCGUGCAGGUGCCAGCUUAGACCGCAGAUCUAACACCCAAGAACCAGCAGCUGCCGAGAAACCACGGAUAGGUACCACCCGGACAGCAUCAGAGCCACGCGGGCCAACGCGACAAAGCAACAUGCGAGGAUUUGCCCAAGAACCCAGUCGAAGCGGCUGGGCUCGCGAACAACCCAGCCACCGCAGAAACCUCAGCGACACGAACACCAAGAGCUUCCCCCUGGAACCCGACUACGGAUCCCCAGACACAUACGAUCCCUACUCCAGUCAGCGCAAUCUAGCGCAAGCAGGCUGGGGACGAGGUUCCCGCCACCAACCACCGCAAUACAUCGACGAAGAGGAAGAAUAUGGCAGCGAUCCAUGCGAUGCAACAGCCCUCAACGACGGGGGCUUCGAGAUUGUCGGCGCUUCAGCCGGUCCUAGUAAAAGCCAGCAACGGCGCACACGCUCUCCGGCGCGGUAUUCGCGUAACGUGAACCCGCGAAGACCCGAGAUUCAGAAAUUCCGAACAAAAGUACAUGCCCCGGAUGAUACCCGGUAUAUCAUGAUUGGGCCGACGAUUGAGUUCGCGGAAUUCGAAAAUCGCAUUCGUGAGAAAUUCGGCUUUAAUCAUUCUCUCAAGUUGAAGGUGCAAGAUGAUGGGGAUAUGAUUACCAUGGUUGACCAGGAGGAUCUGGAUUUGCUGAUUAGUUCGGCGAAGGAAGUCGCGCGACGGGAGGGAAGUGAGAUGGGGAAGAUCGAGAUAUGGGUGGAAGAGCGCGCAAUGAUUUGA